AUGGCUAGUGAGGAGAGUUUCGUAGUGUUGGUUCACCACAGAGGAUCCAUUAAAAGGAAAACUCGUUCCAGUGUGAAGUUCACUGAUAAAUAUCCUCUCUGUAUUAUCGUCAGGCCUACGACGAGGUAUGAGGACCUUGUUAGCUCUGUACUGCUGAAACUUGGUCUAGAAGGUGUGAAACAGGAAACCAUAAAGUACGAUUGUUUCACGAUCGGGAGUGAUGAGGACUUGCAGGUCAUGUUUCAUUGUCGCCGGCAGUUUCCAGAGCUCGGGGGUUCGAAUCGGAAUACCACCACUUCAGCUACGAUAGCCGGUUCUAGCUCCAGACCUGCCAUUGCAUCUUCCUCCGUCCCUGCGUACGAGCCACCCGUCCAACCUGUCGCCUCUCCUUCGUUCGCUGUUGAUCUCAACGGCAGUGUAGGCAAAGAGGUUGGAGAAGGGGAAUAUCUGCGGACCUCUUUACAGUGUGUUGCACCAGAUGGGGUUGGAGAUGGAUUCUUGGAUGAUCCAGAGGACGAUGAUGUCGAGCCGGAUAUGAUUGCUUAUGACAGUGGCGAUGAUGUUGGAGCAAGUGAGCAUGCUGGGGUGGGCGGUGGUUCUAGCUCUGGCAUGCAGCAGUACCCUUCACAUUUUUCCUCUUUGGACCUGGAUGCCAUGAGGCAGGAGGGGGUUCCUGGGCAGCCGGCUGGAUUUGGCGCUAGAGAUGCUGAAGGGUCUGCAGGUUUGACAGAGUUUCAGGUUGGUCAGCAAUUUCCAGAUAAAGAAGAGGCCAUGUUAAGUGUCAAGACUUACAGCAUCCGUCAAGGGGUGCAGUACAAGGUUGUGGAGUCUGACUAUCGCCGGUAUGUGGGCAAGUGUUCUGAGUUCGGCAAUGGAUGCACAUGGUUGAUUCGGCUUAGUCUCCGACAGCGCAAGGGACUUUGGGAGGUCAAACAUUAUAACGGACCGCAUACUUGUCUCGCCACCUCUAUUUCCAGCGAUCACAGGAGUUUGGAUUACCAUGUGAUAUCGGCAUUCAUUAUGCCAAUGGCUAGGGCUGAUGCAUCCGUCAACAUCAAGGUGCUCCUAAAUGCCACCGUCGCACACUUUGGGUUUAGGCCGACUUACAGGAGGGUCUGGUUGGCGAAGCAGAAGGCUGUUGUCCUCAUCUAUAGUGACUGGGAUGAGUCGUACAACGAGCUCCCAAGGUGGGUGUUAGGAGUUCAGUUGACGAUGUCUGGUACUGUUGCAGUCCUAAGGAUGAGCCCUGUUCGUGUCAGUGGUCAGUUGGACGAUUCUCGAGUCGAGGGUGAGAAUGUUGAGUCGUGGUCCUUCUUUCUCUCCCACCUGCGUGAGCAUGUGACACCGCAGCCAGGUCUGCUGGUUAUCUCGAACAGGCAUAACGACAUCAAGGUCGUGCUUGAGGCUCCUGAUGGAGGCUGGUUGCCUCCGUCUGCAUACCGGGCAUUCUGCAUUCGACAUGUUGCAGUAAAUUUCGCCCUCACCUUCAAGGGCAAAGACACAAGUAGGCUACUUGUGAAUGCGGCGUACGCUAAGACCGAGGUCGAGUUCCAUUACUGA